AUGUCUAUCGGCGAAGGGCCACGCCGCUCAGCGCACCGUGUGCGCCCCCCCGCGGAUGCCCCGCGCAUCGAUAGAGAGCUGUCUGAGGCGCGCAGAAACCGCCCUGUCCACCAGAUCCGCCCACCAUCGCAGCCGCUCGGCGAUGACGCGUCGCGCUACGCGCGUGCGGAGCGCCCGGAGCGCCCGGUGCGCUCGCGUCAAAGUCGGUACGAGGAUGCGGAAGAGACGCCGCGCCGUGUGCGUAACCGUGACUCGGCGCGCAUGUCGCGUCGCGACGUGGACCGCGAUCUUGCGCGCCGCGAGGCCGAAGAGCGCGAGCUGAGCCGCCGCGACGCGGAGCGCCGCGAACUCGCGCGCCGCCAGGCGCAGAAGCACGAGUGGGUCGACGAAGAGGAGGCCGAGGAGCGUUUGUCGCGCCCUGUUUCGCGCCGCAGCGGGCUUGCAGAGCCUACGCGCGACGUCGACGAGGUGCGUGCGGGCCGCGAGCGCCGCGAUCGUGAUCUGCGCGAUAGCCGCCGCCGCUCGCACCGCGAGCCGCCACGCGACGAGUUUGUGGAUGCGCCCGAGGUCAGGACGCCGCGCCAGCGCCGGCGCUCGCGUCCGCCGUCGCAGGUGCGCCACACGCCCGAGCGCGACGAGGAGCGUCUGGCGAGCCGCAAGAGCUCGCGUUCGUCGCUCGUGCGCCGUGCGACUACCGCUGGCGCCGGCGCCGCGGCGGGUGGUGCGGCAGGCGCUGCGGGCGCCGCAGUGCUGGACGAAAAAGCGGCGGCGCCCGGCGGCCCGGAUGGCCCGGUGGACGACGUGACGCUCGCUGCGAUGGAUCCCCCCCGCAGCAACCGCAAGCGCCGUCUUGCGCCUGUCCCCGGAGGCCAGGUGAAUACGGUGAAAGAGGGCCGCAUGUUCCCCUUUACUGGUAUCGAUAAUUUGGGACUGCUUAUGGAGGACGACUCGUACCAGCCAGUGUGCUUCUCCAUCUACCUCUUUAAAACGACGCUGGACUACCGCACGGUGCGCGAGUUCUUUGAGGUGCUGGCGCAACUGUACCCCAAGUACCGCUACGUGGUCGACUUCCAGCCGUACUCUGCGCUGCGCCGCGACCGCGAGAAGCGCAAAGAGCAAGAGGCGCUUGCGAAUGCGCCCGAGGAAGUGAAAGAGGCGCGCCGCCGCGAGUUGGAAGAGGCCACGCGUGUCGGCCGCCUGCCGUUCAAUGCCGGCCCCCACACGAUGUACUCCAAGAGUCUCAAGGCCGGCUCGUGGCUGCGCCCUGCCAAGUGGCGCAUCGACGACGACUUUCACAUUUCGGAGAACAUCAAUGUGAUGUCGUGCCAAGGCACGGGCGACGACGCGCAGCUGUACCGUAUUGCCGGCCGUUUCCUCUCGCGCCACUUUAACUACAACAAGCCGGUGUGGGAAGCGCUGCUAGUUCAGGGCCUGAACACGGCCGAAGGUGCCAAGAGUGCGCUCAUGAUCAAGAUCCACCACAGUUUUUCCGACGGCCAAGGCAUGAUCCAAUCGUACCACGCCGCGCUCACGGCCAUGGACAAAGGCAUGGGCAUCAAGGAAGUCCAGCAGUGGGUCGACAUUGCCAAGAAGAAGGAAAAGGCGGGCAAGGCAGAGAUCCGCCCGACGCUCCUCGGCACCGCGUCGCACUCGCUGUACACGAUGCGUGAGCUGUACUUCCGCAAGCGCAAGUCGUUUGUGUACAAGAACCCCGGGCAGCCCCGCUCGACACAUCGUCUGUACUGCCACUCGGAGGGUGUGAGCAUGGAGAAGAUCAAAACCAUCCGCAAUGCCUUCUCCGACGGCCCCGUGCGCCUGACGCUGAACGACGUCGCGAUCGCGAUCCUCGCGCGUGCGAUGCGCGCGGCGACUGAGCAGCUGAACCCCGGCAAGAACGACCGGCGCGCGGCCAUCUUUGUGCCGAUCUCCCGCCGUCCGCCCGGGAACUGGGACCUGUACAACUACACGACCGGUGCCCUGGCAUGGCUGCGCUACCCCGACCCUGAAAAGUCGUCGGUGGAAGACCAGCUGGCGCUCGUGCAGAAAGAGAUGCUGCGCCUGAAAAAGUCGUACCUGCCUGCGAUCUGGUACAAGACCUUUGACUUUGUGUGCAAGCGCCGUGCGUGGUACCUCCCCAACUACCCCGGGUGGCGCCAGUUCUUCUACCGCGCCUUUAGCGAGUACCACGUCGCGACCAACGUCCCCGGCCCGACCGAAGAGGUGUCCUUUGGCAAGCACAAAGCGUUUAGCUACCACGUGCUCCCCCCCAGCUCGCCCGGCAAGGCGACAAUGGCGAUCGGCAUGAUUUCCUAUGCGAACGACUUUUCGCUCGCGAUCUCGUGCGACGAUGUGCCCGAGUUCAAGGACGUCCCGCAGGUGCUCUGCGACGCCUUCCAGUACGCCGCGCGCGUCAUGGUCGACGCGGCGGAGCGCAAGCUCGCAAGCGCAAAAGAAAGCGCAUAG